GAUCUAGAGUGGGUUAUCCCUAUAACGUCAUUUGGACAUAAAAAUCUUCAUGUAUAUAACUGAUGGGCAUUGUUUUCUCGUUCACUUGGAACCUCCUGAAAGUAACUGAACAGACAGCCGUCAUGAAAGUUGAUAUAGUUUUACAGCAAUGUUUCCUGUUAUUUGUAACGAUGUUGUCUAUUACACUUGUUAUUACCGAACCUGUUGAUUUGGAAACAGAUGUAGCAGAUGAAACCCCUUCUGAAUCAGAAGGACAUUUUGUCUAUGUUAACACAAAUCCAUCAAGACAACGAAGAAACGGACUGUCUUUAUUGGCUCCACCAAAUAUGUACCAGCAAAAGUUUGCUCCAUUUUUACACAAAACGCCAGCUAAACGAGAUGGAUUUUGGAUUUGGAUGCCAGCCCAAGGAUACGUUUCCGUUCCACGACAGGGUCAAGCAGGAGCAAACGGCAGAGGAGGUGCAAAUUCAAACCUUCUUAGAUACGGAUAAGAUGGCGGCUAUUAUUAAUAUUCAGUACAAGCAAUUGAAACUCAGGAUGGUUCACCGAAAUUAUGUUACCGCUAGACAUUUUAAAGAUAUUCUGUGAUCCACGUUUAUUUCUAAAGACUGUCAUUAGAUGGAAUGUUUACCAUUCAAAUAGAAUUUGACUUUAAAACUACUGCAUUACUUUUAAUAAAAUCUGAAAAUGUCUACUGUAGAUAGUCCAUAUUAAUUUGGAUUUUUUUCUGAGAUAAUAAAGAGAUAAAUAUAA